GGUAGGGAUUUUUAUAUAGUAGAUCUAGAUAGUUCCCUAAAAAGUCCACUAAAAAUCCCUUUGUCGUGAUAAAAGAGACCCUCAUCAUUUUUGUAGGAGUGUGUAGUAUGUUUAUAGUGGGAUAUAUAUAUAUAUAUAUAUAUAUAUAUUUGAUAUGAUUUCGGAGUAGGGAAUGAGUAAAUUAUUCAAUUUGGAGUAUUUUUGUUUUUACCCGCAGCUAUGGAAAACUGUCCGGAGGACUACAGGAUCCAGUCGUUUGACCUGGAAACCCAAAUGUUGCUUAAAACAGCCUUGAAAGGUGACAUUGACGCAUUGCAAAAUUGCAGGUCAGUCGACUCAAAAUGUGAUCAUCCUACAGAUCCGGGGUCCGUGAAUCUGGAGAAGGUGUCCAACAUUAUUGUGGAUCAGUCGCUGAAGGACCAAGUGUUCAGCAAAGAGGCGGGACGCAUCUGCUACACCAUCGUGCAGGCGGAGGCCAAGCAGAACAACGGCAGCACGUUUCGGAGGAACUUGCUGAACAGGCUCCAGCAGGAGUUCAAGGAACGCGAGGAGACCCGAGCUCGAUCCCUGCAGGAGUGGGUCUGCUUGGUCACGUUCAUCUGCAACAUCUACGACUACCUCAAAGUGAACAACACGCCCAUCGUGGCCCUGGUCCAGCCCGUGUACGACUGUCUGAUGAGGCUGGCGCAGCCAGACGCUCUGAUGAAUGAAGAAGAGGUGGACUGUCUCGUUCUGCAGCUUCAUCGCAUCGGUGAGCAGCUGGAGAAGUCGAGCAGCCAGCGCAUGGACGAGCUCUUCUACCUGCUGCGCGACGGCUUCCUCCUCCAGGAAAGCCUCACCUCCAUGGCCCGCCUGCUGCUGAUGGAGAUCCUGGAGUUCAGGGCGGGGGGCUGGGUCCUCAGUGGCACGGCGCACAGAUACUACUACAGCGAAACAGACUAAAGACACCCAAAUGGGUACGGGAAUACACCAGCAAUUUUGAUUCAAGAACGUGCAAUAGAUCCCCGGAGUUCAAUUCCUGAGGUUCACACAGCCCCCUUAGUUUUUCUUUUAUUUAUUUAUUAUAGUUUUUAUAUAUCUUGAAGGCAUUCCUUUCCGGGAGAAUACAUUGCUAGGUUGAAGUUGGGAUAUUCCCGAUCAGAUUACAAGGUGGUUUGACAUCUUUUCUGACGUGUGACAAAUAGUCCAGGGAAUCAAAAUAUCUCUUGGAGUUUUGAGAAGUAUUUUAUUAUUAAAGAUUUGCAGUGCAGUUCUACCUGUGUAGUUUCUUCACCAGCUAUUAGUAAAAGUGUUAUGGUUUUAUUCAGAGAUUGUGUAUACUGUUAUUUUGUAUUAUUUGUUCCAAUAAAUCUAUUUAAAAAAAAAAAAAGUAGCCUGACCGUUCUAAAGUGAUGCAUGUCCCCUUUUAUAUGGAUGGCUCUCAAUAAAU